AUGGAAGCGAGUGUUUUAUGUGAAACUCCUGGUUGCGAGUCCCUUGCUAUGCUCCAAUGCCCAACAUGUAUUAAGUUGGGUAUACAGGGCUCAUAUUUUUGCAAUCAGGAAUGCUUUAAAAAGUCUUGGAAAAAUCACAAAAUCAUUCAUUCGUUAGCGAAGGGAGAAAAUACAGAUGGGUCCAGUGCAGAAUAUAACCCCUGGCCGUCUUAUAACUUUACCGGCAAGUUGAGACCGUCGCCGCUUGGGUCUAAGCGGACAGUGCCACCUCACAUAGGUCGUCCGGAUUAUGCCGAUCAUCCUACCGGCUAUCCCGCUUCCGAAAAUGCCGCAAAAGGAUCCGGACAAAUUAAAGUGCUUGAUGAUGAAGAGAUAGAGGGCAUGCGUGUUGCCUGCCGCCUUGGUAGAGAAGUUUUGGAUGAAGCAGCAAAGGUGUGCGAUGUGGGUGUUACUACUGAUGAAAUAGACAGAAUUGUACAUGAAGCUUGUAUUGAGAGGGAAUGUUAUCCUAGUCCCUUAAAUUAUCACAACUUUCCCAAAAGUUGUUGUACAUCUGUUAAUGAGGUUAUAUGUCAUGGUAUUCCUGAUUUGAGACCAUUGGAGGAUGGUGAUAUAUGCAAUGUAGAUGUUACUGUAUACCAUAGAGGAUUCCACGGAGACUUAAAUGAGACAUUUUUUGUUGGUGAUGUAUCUGAAUCAUCACGAAAACUGGUACAGAUCACAUAUGAAUGCUUACAGAAAGCAAUAGAUAUUGUUAAACCCGGAGAAAAGUAUAGGGAAAUUGGAAAUGUGAUACAAAAACAUGCGCAGGCGAAUCGUUUAAGUGUUGUAAGGUCAUAUUGUGGUCAUGGAAUACAUAGAUUGUUCCACACUGCGCCUAAUGUACCACAUUAUGCCAAGAACAAAGCGAUCGGAGUAAUGAAGCCCGGCCACUGUUUCACGAUAGAGCCUAUGAUCAAUGAGGGUGGAUGGAGAGACGAACAAUGGCCUGAUCAUUGGACGGCCGUUACUGCUGAUGGUACGAGGUCCGCUCAGUUUGAACAGACUCUAUUAGUAACGGAGACGGGUUGUGAUAUUCUAACUCAAAGAGCUUCUGGUCGUCCUUGGUUUAUGGACCAAAUGGAAAAAUUCAAA